AUGUUUUCUAAGCGCAAAGCUAUGGACGCUGGAAAGCGUCCUGCAUUCCACGAAGGCCAUGCAGCACCGUUGAUUCAGAUUCUGGCAUGGCUCUUUCUCGUCUUCUCGAUAUUAGCUGUUACAGCGCAGUUUGCCACCAAGAAAGCUAUGGCUCGGCAAUUUGUACGAGCUGACUUCGUACUGUUAGCCGCUUUGGUUCUGUCCGUAGGACAGGCAGCUACACUUCUUAGUCCUGCUGGUCAGCCUAUCGGGAAUCUACAGGCUGGUCUCUCACCAGAUCAAAUUGACGGAGCCUGGAAGGCUUUGUUCAGCAGCGAGAUAUUGAGCGUGCUUACCAUCAUUACCGUCAAAGGCUCACUGCUCGUCUCUCUUGGGUCAGUGACACCGGUCGCUGGACACCAGAUGAUGAUGCGCGCAACGGGCGUUCUGACGCUGUUAUGGGGAUUGAGUGCUGUCUUUCUCUUCGCCUUCCAGUGUCCAUCACCACAGCGAUGGGACAUUACGAACCCAAAAUGUAUGGAUAUCUGCGCCAUACGAACGUACAACGCUGUCAUGAAUAUCACGACUGACCUUGCGCUUGCAAUUGUACCGACACUGAUGGUACUACCGCUGCAGAUUACAUCGGAGAAACGCCUGACACUCGUCACUGGCUUUUGGUCACGCAUAGUUGUCGUAUUCGCCUCCGCUGCUCAGAUCGGAUAUAUCCAUAGCCUACCCCCACAAAGCGACCUUCUUCACUCGAUCUGGCGCAUCGUCGUAUGCGGACAAGUAGCUCAAGUCGCUAGCAUCAUGACCACAACGAUCCCCUUCCUGAAACCUUUUAUGAUGAGCCUCGACUCGGGCCUCUGGAGCGCCAACCAUGCUGGUGUUGCUACUACGUCAAGCUAUGCAUCUGCAGUUCGUACAGGCCAUUUGUCGAGCUAUGUCAAGAUUGCCAGUCAACAGAGUCGAGAUCCAUCGAUCGUGAAAGGAGACAAGGAUAUCGAUAUCUGGGUACGCAAGGAAAUAGUGGUAAAGAGAGAACCGAGUAUCGAGCUGCGAGAUAUCGGAGGGAUUGGAAGAUAA